AUGAGAAAUAACACAACGGAGGAAGGCACCGCUUGCCCAGCAACACUACUACGAUUACUCUAUGGCACCGCUUGGAAAUCGGAAAAUACAAAGCAACUUGUUUGCGAAGCCGUAAGAGCGGGCUUAAGAGCAUUCGACACUGCAGCGCAACCAAAGCACUACCGCGAAGACCUUCUAGAGGCUGCUAUUCGAUCGGUGAUUGAAACAGACGCAAUACCUCAAGGCGAACUGUGGCUGCAGACGAAAUUCACUCCGUCUACUUGCCAAGAUCCGAAGAAUAUUCCGUACGAUCCAACCACUCCACUUCAAGUUCAAGUCAUCACUUCCGUCGCCAACUCCUUAAAGAAUCUCAACCACGAUCCGAGCCCGGCUGACCCAACCAGCCAUGCGUAUUUAGAUUGCCUGAUUCUGCAUGCUCCCCUUCGGAACCCAGAGUCAACUUUGGAAGUCUGGGACUAUAUAUCAUCACUUGUUCCCCAUCCUGUGCGCCAUCUUGGAAUAUCGAACGUCAGUCUACCAAUGCUUGAGCUGCUGUAUGAGCAUAUGCGCGUAAAACCAUCGAUUGUUCAGAAUGCAUUCCAUGGGGGAAGGGGUUACGAUGUGGAGCUUCGAGCAUUCUGCAAGGAUAAGGGCAUAACGUACCAGGGGUUUUGGGUGCUCAAGAAGAACGCUUCGCUGCUGCAGUCUUUACCGGUGAAGGCCUUCGCUCUAUGGGCGAUCCUCGAUGGAAACACGAACUCCGAAAGAAUGCUUGCGGGUGUGGAAGGUCUAGACAAAGUGAGGGAGUUUAGCAACCGCAGCGCGAACGAUGAGGUUGUAGAGAAUUGGGUGAAACAACUUGAGGAUGCCAUCCGAAGCGGACGAGAAUGA